AUGUUCGGGGCGUCCGUCUCUCGGCCAGUGGCUGGCGCGUCCCCUCCCCCGGCGGAGGCGUCUUCUGCUGGGGAGCGCUCUCUCUCGCCUGACUCGUCGUCGAGCGGCUGCUCAAGCUCGUGCCCGCCCUCGCCGCUGCCGCGGACGCACGCCGAGAAGCUGCGCAGCCUGUCGCUCGUUUUCUCCGUCUCUCUGAAGCCGACGCUCGCCGCGUCGCGUCUCACGUCUCCUUUCCUCGCGUCCCCCCUCGCGCUGCCCGACGACGCCACCAACACGCUCGCGGUCGCCCCUUCCGGCGACCUCCUCUUCGUCGCCGCGACCGAGGGACGCGUACAAGUCCUCCCCCUGACGCCGCUGGGCACUCCGCAGUCGCGGCUCCACCGGAAGUCUGCGGCUUCCGCGAAGACUCAAGGCCACGCGCCGCCGCCGCGCAGACGCAGGGGGCGAGAGGAUGUGGCUGGCACGUUCGAGGAGCAGUGGUCGCUGUGCGGCGCGACGCCGCUGGAUGAGGAGCGCCAGUGGUGCCGACAGGAGGCCGCCGCGGCGCGCGAAGGCGAGUGGGAGUCGCUCUCCUCGCCUGCCUCGGAAGAGGGCGCGGCGGCCUCUUCCGCAGACUUGGCAGAGAGCGGCGCAGCGAGCGGCGCGGGCGUCGAGGGGCUCCUGGGGGUCGCGGACAGCAGCGCGUGCUCGCCGGAGCCCGAAACAGCGUUUCUGCCCGAGCGCUUCACGCUGCUGGUGCCGUCGGCGCGCUUCAGAAAGCCGGGCGCGCUCACGCGGCAGCCGGGCGACGACGAGGAAUACGAGGGGGAGGACGCGGACGUGGAGGGCGCGAGCUCUGCGAGAAACCGGCGCGCUGUACGUGUCACCAACCUCAGCUGCGAGAUCCUUGCGGGCGAGGAAGUCCUCGUGCUCACGACCCGCGGCGGCGACGUCAUGGUUUUCUCGCUGAAGGCCCUCCGCGCGCGCCUCGACGAGGAAAGACGCAGCCGCCGCGACCGUCGGGGGCGAGAGAGCGUGGCGGUGGACAAGGGAGGAGCGCGAGGGGACACCCGCCCCGCGGACGAGCGCCCACGCAGUUUGGGCGAGGCGCCGGCGGCGCGCAGCGAGUCCUUCGCCUCCUCCGCGUCCUUCUCCUCUUGGGGCGAGGACGCCGAGCUGGCCGCGAGCCUCAGGGCGAUGCAGCGUGCCGAGCGACGUCGCGAGGAGGAGGAAGAAAGAAGAAUCAAACUCUGGAGAGAGCAGGAACGCCGGCACACGCCCGUGCCUGACGUCUGGAUUGUAAACAACCUCGGGCCCCCGACGCUGCACUCGAGCUGCCAGAUGGACGUGUCAACGUGGAGCUUCGCGUGCAAUCCCUUCCCGCCGACUGCGUCGCCUCGCUCUCCUUCUAUGCAGCCUGGCGCCUGGUCUCCGCGUUUGCCUCUUCUCCCAUUCUUCUCCUCGCUCGCCUUUGGCAGCAACACGCACCACCUCUCGUUUGUCGAUCUGCGACACCUGCCUGUGGGUCGCGGGAGCCCGGCUCUGCCGCUUGCGCUCGGCGCAGAGACUCCCACGGGCCCUUCCGCCACCGCGGCGCUGCUUCCGCGGGGUGUGUCGCGGCGCCACGCGCAGCGCCUGAUUCGCGCGGCCGCGGCGCGCCUCGCCCUCGAAGGCCCGUCGACCGCCGCCACGUCAGCCUCGCCCGCUGUCUCCUCCUCAGGCUCGCGAUCGCCGUCCGCCGCCCGCGCUGAAGACGUUUUCUCUGGGCGCUGCGAGCGAAAACUCUCCAGGGACGAGGCGGGGGACGCGGCGAGGAAGAAGCGACGGCGAGGACGAGAGUCGCGCGGGGCGGAAGAGCGCCAAGAGGUGCGGCAGGAAGUCCGCGCGCGAGAGCUCCCCGCAGAGCUUCGGUGCCUCAGGAUGCUGUGCAGAGACGUCGCGUGGGCGGCACUCGCGGCCGGCGAGGAACACUUCGCCUCGACUGCAGAGGACGCCUCAGAGGCUGAGGACUGCGAUGCGGAGGCUGCCUCCUCGCUGCGCGGAGAGAGCGACGCAACGCGCGCACCCCGGAGUCGCGAGGCGCAGCGAUCAUCCAGGCGAAGGGCUCGGGACGGCGAGCGCCUCCUCCCCGCGUCUCGCAGGCGCUCCAGGCGUUCGCGGGCGCCUCGUAUGGGUGCAUGGUCUCCUGAGCUGCAGUCCUCCUCCUUCUCCUCUCCGCAUCUGUCGCCUGCAUCGUCGGCGUCGCCGCUGUCUCCGUGCAGUCGCGGCGAGGCGGCGAGCGAGUUGCGGCGCGAGGCCCGCGAUUGCUGCCGCUUCGCGCCCUCAUUCCUUCCCUUCCCAGAUCCGAAUCGCCACGUCGCGCUCCCCGACGCCGCGCUCUUCGCGGAGCUCUAUGUGCGGCCGCAGUGGCUCCGCAAGCGUCGGCGCGGGCGCGGCGACUUGCCCUGCGCGCCGCUCCAGGGCCUCCGGCCCUCGCCCGACGCGGCGAGCCCGCGGAGCGGCUUCGGAGGGGGGCGUGCCGCGGGGCGCGGAGACCCCGAGGCCCCUGCGCGCGGCCGCUGGGGCCGGCGCGCAGAAGCCUUCAGGCGCGACCCGAGCGCGCGAGAGCCCAGGGAAGUCGAGGGCGACGCGCGUGAGAUGCGUCGGGCGGCGCUGGCGUCGCGGGCGCACGUCCUCCGCCGCACCCUGCCCGCGCAGCAGGCAGCUGAGGAGGAGCGGGCGAUUCUCCGUAGGCGUCGCGCCCUGCGGCGGCGACUCUUUCGGCUUGACAACGGGGCAGACGGCGAGGACGGCGAAGACGGCGAAGGCGUCGCGGGCGCGGAAGCGGGGGCCGCGGGUCCUCGUGCUGCAAGGCUUCACACCGACCCGCACGUUCCCGCUGCCGCCACCGAUUUCAGUCACCGUCUCUCCCGUGGUUCCGACCCCGGACCUGGAGGGGCGCGCCUCGAACGCGCCGGCUGGCGAGGCGCUUGGAAACCGCACCCCAGACUCGGGCGGAGCUGGGACAGGGCCGCUGCGCGGAUCAGCGCUUCUCGGAAGGCCUGCGGCGCCCGUCUCAGCCCCAGGAGAGGGACAGCAGGAAGAGUGGGGGAAGUGAGUGGAGAUGAGAGGGAGGAGGCAGACGCGGCCGACGGCGGAAGGGCGGCGAGCGAGGGCGGCAGCACGGGCGACAGGCGCGAGACACCGCAGGCGGAAGCGAGACACCCUCAGGAGGCACUAGCAGGAGAAGCGCCUCAGGCUUUGCCGCAGCCACAGCCGCCCUCGUCUCAUUUGCCUCCGCUUUCUGGGCAGGGAGCUCCUCUGCCCGUCGCCUCUCAAGAGGUUGCGCCUGCAUCGGGAUUUCUCCCUCGCUCGGGUCAUGGGCCUGCCGCGUCUUCACCUUCGCUUAGCGCAGGGCGGAACGCGUCCGCGUCUCCGCGCCCCUCCAUCCCAGGGUCAGGGUUCGUGUCGCCACUUCCCUUGUCCUCCGCGUCCUUCGCCUCGCUCGACUCCUCGGCUUCAGACGCUCGCCCUCGAUCGCCCUCCUCUGCGCCCGCUUCGCCGGUAUCGCCGGUUCCAUUGACUGAGGCAGCUGGGCGCCCGCCACCGCCCCCCGAAGGUGACGCAGGCGGAGACACUGAGGCCGCCGCAGCGCGGGCGAUGGAGAGAGCGCCCCUGAGGGAGGCGAGCGACUCGAGGGCGGAAGAAGAGGAAGAAGCGGAGGACGCGUCUGGCAGCGACGAGGGCGCGUCGGCGCGCCGGCGAGAAGAGGAUCUCGAGAUUCGCAGAGUGUUGGAAGUCCUGCGGGCGAUGCGCUUCCCCGAGGCCUUCGUCAGCGAGGCGCUGACCGUCGUCAGGGAGCGGUCGAGCGCAGCUGACGGCCGGGCUCUUGCGGCUUUCGAGUCGCGAGGCGCAGACAGAGGGGGGAGGCCAGAGGGGGCGCGGGGAAGUCUCUUUGGGCGCCCGGAGCGCAGACUCGUGCGCGGCGUGGCGAGGCAGUCCGCGGCGCGCUGGAACGCACACGACGCCCUGACUCCCUCUGAACAUCCGUAA